CAUCACUUUAUGUUCUGCCCGGAUCUUAAUUAAUUAUAUACUCUUACUAAUUACUAAAAGAUAAAUGGGAGAAGUUGAUCCAGCUUUUAUUCAAGAAGUCGAACAUAGACCAAAACCUACGGUAAUUCAAGCACAUGGAAUCCCACAAAUUGAUCUUUCAUCUUAUAACAUAAUAAACUCCUCGUCUCAAGCCGACGACAUUAUUAAUGUGAGCGCUAUACGAGAUUUGGUUGAUGAGAUACGCGACGCGUGCAAAAACUGGGGAUUCUUUCAAGUCAUCAACCACGGGGUUCCUAUUGAGAGCCGCAAAAGGCUAUUUGAUGCGGCUAAGAGGUUUUUCGAUCAAAAGGUGGAAGAGAAGAGAAAAGUGAAGAGAAAUGAAGAAUAUCCUUUGGGUUAUUAUGAUACCGAACAUACGAAAAAUGUUAGGGAUUGGAAAGAAGUUUUUGAUUUCACUGUGGAGGUUCCUUAUAUGAUGCCGGCUUCUUGUGAGCCGGAUGAUGAUGAGACCACUGAGUAUCCUAACCAAUGGCCUCAUCAUCCUCCAGAAUUUAGGGAGGCUUGUGAAGAAUAUGUGAAAGAGGUACAAAGACUAUCCAACAAAUUGUUGGAAUUGAUCUCUCUUAGCUUGAACCUCCCACCAAACCGAUUGGAGCCCUUUUUCAAGGACCAGACCACUUUCGUUCGGCUCAACCACUACCCUCCUUGCAACGCACCUGACUUGGCCCUUGGUGUUGGUCGUCACAAGGAUGCAGGGGCCAUGACUAUCCUGGCUCAAGAUGACGUUGGAGGUCUAGAAGUUAAGCGGAAAAUAGAUGGAGAGUGGAUCUUUGUUAAGCCUACGCCUAACGCCUUUAUCAUCAAUGUUGGAGACAUCAUCCAGGUAUGGAGCAACGAUGCCUAUGAGAGUGUAGAGCAUAGAGUGAGAGUGAACUCCACAAGAGAAAGAUCUUCGAUCCCAUUUUUUGUGAACCCUUCCCAUUAUACUCUAGUGGAGCCGCUAGUCGAGUUGACAAAUGAACAAAAUCCUGCCAAGUACAAAGCUUACAAUUGGGGCAAAUUCUUCGCCACAAGAAAACGUAGCAAUUUCAAGAAACUUGAUGUUGAGAACAUACAGAUUUAUCAUUUCAAAAAACCGAAUGAUCAGCAAAAGAUUGAUGAUGUUGUUUCCCGUAUUGAGAAUGUUGUUCUAUAAGUAAGAAAUAUAGAUGAUCUUAAUCAUCUUAAUUUUCAUGUGAAGAGAAGUGACGAAACUGGAAGUUGGCACAUGUGUAGUUGUAUUGUACCAAUGACCCGUGAGCCAAUUGAUUUUGGCAAUGUUUGUUUGUUUACUUGUAACAUAUUAUAUAAAUAUAUAUGAUAUGAUUAUGUUUGAUUUACUAUA